UGUACAUUCGACCAUGAACUAGAUGUACUUAAGGCUUAGUAACAUCAAGAUUAUUAAUUUCACAAAAAGCAUUAUUUUUACAUAUUGCAGCGGAAAACAUGCAAAAGAUGAUGAUGGAUUUAAUCAUCUAUCUCAUUUUGUUAAACGUUUUAGAAAAAAAGGUUAUGGCGGGAGAUAUUACACUAAACACGACACCUGUGACGUGGGAUACUGCCUUGACCGUCUGCAAUAGUCGAGGACAAAAUCUUGUACAGAUUUAUAGGGAAGCCAAGAACCACCUUCUCAAAGAACAUCUAUCGUCCUACUUGGGAAUGCACAUCUGGAUAGGACUGUAUGCUCCAAAUCCCAGUGAUAAUACUAAUCGCAUAUGGUCAGAUGACGGAUCUUCGCCAAUUUAUGAGAAUUGGUCCCCAUCCAAAACGGAAGGUGCAGGGUAUCUUUGUACUUAUAUCGUUGUAGAGAAUACGGGACUGGAAUGGAAUUUGGCAGAUUGUGAUACCAAGAAGAAAUCAUUUAUGUGCGAAGAAGACAAACUACACGUACGUAGUCAGUGUCCAGCGUGUUUUCCAACCACAGAAUACCCCACCACUGAAGUGCAAACAACGACAGAAGACCACACAACUGAAGAACACACAACGACAGAAGACCACACCACUGGGAUACACACAACGACAGAAGACCACACCACUGAAGAACACACAACGACAGAAUACCACACCACUGAAGUGCAAACAACGACAGAAGACCACACCACUGAAGAACACACAACAACAGAAGACCACACCACUGAAGUGCAAACAACAACAGAAGACCACACCACCGAAGAACACACAACGACAGAAGACCACACCAAUGAAGUGCAAACAACGACAGAAGACCACACAACUGAAGAACACACAACGACAGAAGACCACACCACCGAAGAACACACAACGACAGAAGACCACACCACUGAAGUGCAAACAACGAUAGAAGACCACACCACUGAAGAACACACAACGACAGAAGACCACACCACUGGUGUACACACAACGACAGAAGUAGGUGAGAUGACAACAGAAGAUCGAACAACAACAAAACAAGAUGACACGACAACAGAAUACAGAACAAAAGAGACUACUCUCAAAAAUGAGAUGACAACAGAAGACCAUGCAACAGCUAUGGAUGGUGAAAAGACAACUGAAGACCUAACAACAGAAACAACAAAAGAAAAUGCGAUGACAACAGAAGAGGGAACAACAAUAAUGAAAGUUGAGACGUCUACAGGAGUGAAAACAACACAGACAACAAAAGAAGUUGUAACAAGCAUUGGCAAUCCAGCAAGACCUGGAGGAGGCAUUUCUCCUUAUUGUACAUGUACUUGUCAAAAUGUAACAACCACAUUAUCAUUGGAGGAGAGUAUUCAGGAAAUAGUGAACAAUAUUAAAGUAGAUAAACGAAAAAUGUCAUCUCACACUAGAAAACUUACAUCUGCUAAAGACUCUCGACCAUCCUCGGCUAGUAUUGGAUAUUGCGGAAUAGUUAUGCUGUCGACAACAUUUGGAAUGCUGGUGUUUCUAGAUUUUCAUAGAUUGAUUGACAAAUGUUGUACUAUUUUCAAACGGAAGAAAGACCAUCAUAGAAGUCAAUGCUGAGACUAAACCAUAUGUGUAGCAGUGUGAGGUAAAAUGCUUGACUAAUGAUAUGUGUUGACAGAGACAGAACAUGUAGAAUUUUAGCUGUAAAAAAUAGUUAUAAAUUGUGU